AUGUUCAACCGCAAAUUCUCAAUUAACCGGCACACCGGUGUGCCGAAACCCAGACGAUUCAGUGUCGGCGAGGCUGGUGCAAAUGAGGUCCAAUCCAAAACUCACAGGCAGUUCCGCAACGCUCAUGAGGGCCACCAACCUCAUGCUGGCCUUGAUGCCAGCCGUUCCUCUACGGGUGUCGUCUGGUGCACUGAGCGUGCCGCGGAGUACGGUUUCCUCGAGGACCCUGAGUCCUGGGCCAACCUAGGGCAAGGUGCACCCGAAGUCGAAGAUGACAUCGCCGGUUGUUUUCCCCGUCCUACAACAAUCGAUAUUUCGAUGGCUGGCCGUGAGUACGGCCCUACGGCCGGUAUUAAGCCUCUGCGUGAGGCUGUUGCCAAUCUCUAUAACGUCAUGCAUCGUCAAGGCAAGCAGAGCCAAUAUACUUGGGAGAACGUUGCCAUCGUCCCUGGUGGUCGCGCCGGCCUUAUCCGUAUUGCCGCCGUCCUCGGCAACUCGUAUCUGUCGUUCUUCUUGCCUGACUAUACGGCCUACAAUGAGAUGCUGUCCCUCUUCAAGAAUUUCUCCGCCAUUCCAGUCCCGCUAGCUGAGGAGGACGGCUACCACAUUCACCCCGAUCGUAUCUCUGAGGAAAUCUCCCGUGGCUCCUCUGUUAUUCUGACCUCGAAUCCCCGUAACCCCACUGGUCGUGUCGUUGCCAACCCCGAGCUGGCUGAAAUCCAGGACAUUUGCCGUGGCCGCGCAACCUUCAUCAGCGAUGAAUUCUACUCCGGCUAUAACUACACUAGCAACUGUGAUGGCAGCACCAUCUCUGCGGCCGAGAAUGUGGAAGAUGUUGACGAGGAUGAUGUCCUCAUCAUUGAUGGCUUAACCAAGCGCUUCAGACUUCCCGGCUGGCGUAUCGCUUGGAUUCUUGGCCCCAAGGAAUACAUCAAGGCACUCAGCAUCGGUUCCUGCGGGAGUUACCUUGAUGGAGGCGCCAACCACCCUUUCCAGGAGGCCGCCAUUCCCAUGCUUGAUCCUACCCUUGUCAAGGAGGAAAUGGUCUUCCUUCAGAAGCACUUCCGCGAUAAGCGAGACUACGUCGUCCGCAGACUGCGCGAAAUGGGCUUCGUCAUUAAAUACGUGCCCGAUUCAACUUUCUAUCUCUGGUUGAACCUGGAGGGUCUUCCUGAUGCCAUUUCCGAUGGUCUCAACUUCUUCCAAGCAUGUUUGGAGGAGAAGGUGAUCGUUGUUCCUGGUAUCUUUUUCGACCUGAACCCCUCAAGACGCCGCGAUCUUUUCGAUAGUCCCUGUCACCAUUUCGUCCGCUUCUCGUACGGCCCCAAGAUGGAAACCCUGAAGAACGGUCUUGACGGCAUUGAGCGUGUGGUUAACAAGUUCAAGAAGUCGAGCGCUUAG